AUGUUCGCCCUCCGCGCUCUCCGCUUAGCGCCCUUCCGCCUUGCGCACCGUUCUCAGCCCCUCCGCCGCUAUGCAACUGGACAACAACCCCAAUACCAAGCUCCUACUUCAGCGUCAAAACCCAGCCCCCACCGCGAAUUCUACCGAGGCGGGCUAGGACGCGCCGUGGCGUUCAAUUUCUUGGUCGCGAUGGCGACGUUUCAGGUCAUUUAUUGGGGAUGGUUGAAGUUGGAGAGUUUGGAGGUCAAGGAAGAGAGGACGAGCGAGAUUGAGAGGCUUGAGGGGGAGGUUGGGAGGUUGACAGGGGUGAAGACGGAGAAGGAGCGGUGA